AUGGCGGCUGUUUUAGAAUCGCUGCUGCUUGGAAAAGCAGAGCUUGACAAUGCCCUCAAUUGGCUCAAAAUUGUGAAGCGCUCUGAAGGUCAGCCAGCAUGUGAGCCUCUACAGCUGGUGCAGAGGCAGGAGUUUGUGUCCUUCUUGCUAAACUUCCUAAGGGACCAGAGCAGCCACACCCUCACCCAUGGCCCAGCCACCCCUGCCAAGACCCCCGUCAGUGCCCGGUCAGCCCACCGCUCCACCACACGACCUUCCGGCGAGCGCAGCGGUAGGGGUGCCCGCUCAGCUGGAGGUGGCGGUGGAGGAGGCUCGCGUGGAACCAGUCGCGUUCAGCUGUUCUCCCCGGCCCCGUCUGUCUCACCUCUUGGUGGGGCCAGCCAGUGGGAAGGUGGCCUGGGUCAUGGAGCUGCUACGCCCACCCCGAGCGGUGGUGACCUAAGCGGCUUGAGCAGCCCUUCCUUCAACUCCACAUGGAGUCCCGCGGCCAGGCCUUCGCACUCCGACCGACGCUCCUCCCACCGCUCCAGCCUGGGAGACUUCAUGACCCUGUCGCCGCCGGAGAUGCAUCCCAACAGCCCUGCCCCGGGAUCGGGUCAGGCGUCGCACCACCGGGGCAGUGGACGCAGGCGUAGCGGAGGACCAGGGUCCAGCGGAGGCGUUAGGGGGAUGGGAGGAGGCCGUGGUGGGGGUGGUUUCCAGCAUGAGGAUCCUACUGCGUCCUGGGACAGGAGUGCUCGGAAGGGCAGAGGAGGCGGAGGGAGAGGGGUCAGUGAGGCGGUGUCACCCCCUACUACUACUGCUGCGCCGGUGACCCUGAACUUCAACAACCUGGAGGACUUCCCUCCGAUGGGGGCGUCUCAGCAUGCAUCACCCAUUCAGACCAAGCCAUCUCGUCGCAUCAACCCUACGCCGGUGAGCUCGGAGCGGCCUCACUCCAAACCCAAGAGCUGCUUCACCUCCACGCCACUCAGCAAGCCCUGCAGUCCCCCCAUAAUUCCAGAGGGGGCGGUAGUGGUGGGCAGCCCAGCCAACCUGCAAGAGGAGAGGGAGAUGCUGAGGAGAGAGAAGUCUAAGCUCCAGCAGCAGCAGCAACAGCAGCAGGUGUGCUCUCCUCUGAAGUCGGCCACAGAGCUCUGCACCCCCACCAAACAGGUGCGUCUGGACUCCACAGCGCAGGACGCCCAGGCCGUCAGCCCCGACCCCUCCAAGGUCACCCUGACCGCCCAACUGGACCUGCUGGCCGAGCUCUACUGCACCUGCAUCUUAGAGAACUUGGUGCCUAAUAUAUUCCUGGAGCUGUUCUUCGUGCUGCAGCUGCUGACGUGUCGCAGCCCCACUGUCCUAGAGGGAGAGAGAGACAGCCUGUCUUGCAGUGGAGAAGAUAUGUUGGAGAGAGGCUACUUGAAGGAUGUCCACAACUGUGUGUACUUUGCCCUGAAAGUCCUGGAGAACCAGUUUGAGCUGUUGUCUCAUCUAGACAAGUGUACGCUACGCCUGCUGGCUGAGAAUGAGCGGGUUGGCUUGUUUGCUCCAGCGCUGAGAGACCGACUGGCUCUGGCCCAGGACACCAGCACUGCCAAGGUGUCCCCUUCUCUGCCUUCCUUCAUUCACUCAGUGCCUUUCCAGCCUGCCACUGAUAACCGCUCCAACUUCAGCAACGACAAGGCUUUCCACAUCUUCAAGAAACAAAGGGACAUAUUUUACGAGCUUCUGAGAGACUGGGAGGACUUCCAUGCUGAGCCUGGGUGGAACUUUGAGACGGCUCUAGGCUGCAGAGUCAGGGCGAUGGUUAGUCAACUGAACAGUGCGGGGAAUCACGCCCACUUUGCUCGCCUCUUUCAGAAACAGCUGGUCCAGAUGUGCAAGGAGCCGGGGGUGCGUGGCUCGUUCGGCGAGGCUCCAGACGCGGACGUGCUGAGCAUCCUGGGCGCGGAGGGCCUGGGCCGGCUGAAGCGUCUGCAGGAGCGUCUGAUCCAGCCGCAGGGCUUCACGGGGCCCUGCCCGCCGCCCUCCUUCCCCGGGUACCAGGAGUUCUUCAGGGACUUCCUGCAGACCGCCAGCUGCUGCCAGCUGAACCAGCACCUGAAGGACAGCCUGUGCCAGGAGCUCCUGGCGCUGGACGAGGUGUCCAUCCUGGGAUCACCUGCAGGGGGCAGCGCCGAGGAAGAGGAGGGUGACGGAGACAUGGACCAGCAGGAUGAGAAGCAGAGGUUUUCGUCCGUGCUGCUGGUGGCUCGUCUGCUGGCCAAGUUCCUGGGCUACAUCUCCUUCCUGCCCUACCACACAUCCGAACCCCCGUCAAAAGAGAUACGGGAGGCGGCCAUUGCACUGCGCACCAAGAGUUCUCCAGUGCUGGACGUGUGUGCGGUGCUGCGCAGCUGCGUGUGCAGGCGGCGUACGGUGCUGACGGUGCCGUGGCUGGUGGAGUUCCUGUCCAUGAUGGACCACACGGGGCCCUACCUUCCCUGCUUCAGAGCCGCCCUCGGAUCCCUCCUGCAACUCUACAGGCGAAUGCUGCUGGGAAGAGGAGCCGAGAUGUGCUACCUGAAUCAGCUGCUAUUGGUAGCUGUUCUGGGCUGGCUUUUCCAGAUUCCUGUGUUUCCCGAAGACCUUGUGUUCAGUGAAGAGCUGGACUUCAGUGAGGAGACUGUGGCUGGCUCUCAGGGCUUGGACCCCCUGCCCCUGGUGGACCAACAGCUGCUCUACACCUGCUGUCCGUUCUUAGGUGAAUUCCGGAAACUGUUGGCGGCCUUUGUGGCAGGCAGCACAGGCAAGAGUGGAGGCCUCAUCCGCAAGAUCACACCCACCUCUGCGGAACCCAGAGACCCAGCCCCAACACGCUCCCAGCAGAAACUGCAGAUGGAGCUGGAGCAGGCCUUCUUCCACAACCAGCCUCCCUCGCUCAAGCGCACCGUGGAGUUUGUGGCAGAGCGCGUCAGCUCCAACUGCGUCAAGCACAUCAAGGCAACUCUGGUGGCAGAGCUGGUGAAGGGUGCUGAGCAGACCCUGAGAGAGGCGCUGGGGACGGACAGUGGUGCCAACGUGGUCAAGCUGAAUGAUGCCAUCUGCACCCAGCUGUGUGAGAAGGGCAUGGAGGCGCUGGGAAGAGCCACCAGGUUCUGCAGUGAGAAGGGUCCAGAGGCCAUACGGGUCCUGUUACCUGAGGAGACCUCCCCAGCAGUCCUCAGCACUUCGGAGAGCAUCACCACUCGGCUGGCCACAGAGAAAGCCUGCACUUGGCUCUCCUCCAAUAUCACAGCUUUGAUCAAAAGGGAGUGGAAGACUGUGUUUGACCGUGUCAUGAAGACGCUUCCCAGCUUGCCACCCACGAACCAACCCACCCAGGGGACAGCAGGGCCACAGGCUCCAAGCUCCACAGACACACAGAGAGGGACCGGAGGACAGGCCCAGGCCCAGGGGCCAACUGACUGCCCCCCUGACUGCUCUCACCAGGCUCCCAGAGCCUCCAACGUCAUCACUGAGAUCAAGGAAGUGUUGAGCAUUGCAGUGGGACCCAGGGCUGAGGAGGAAGUGGUGACCAUCCAACAGCUGCAGACUCUGUUGGACAGAACCAAAGACACACUGCGCUGUCGAAAGUUUCUGUCCGUGGUGCCGGAGCAGAUGCUGGUGCGAUGCACAGUCAUGUUGGCCUGCAGGCUGGUAUCAGGAGAGUUGCCUCUGGCCAGCCCUGUGGAGGAGGGGGGUGUGCGGGCUCUGCUGGAGCAGCUGGUGAGCCUGUGGGAGGGCAGAGGCCUUCCCUUCAUCCUCCCUGCCCCCCUCCACCUGCUCUUCUCCUCGCCCACCCUCACAGCCACGCUCAACAACACGCACGCAGAUAACUGCCACAACUUCAGAGUCUUGCUCAGUCUGCUUUUGGAGAAGAGACUUCUGGGAAAGGAGGACAUGGCUGCACAUUGGAAGAGCUUACUCGAUCUGUCCUGGACCAUGGAGUCUAUAGAAAAGCUCCAGGAGCUGUCCAUCUCUUCUGUCCCGUCGUCCCCCAUCUCACUGCCGGGCCACAGAGACGUCCUGCAAAUCUCCCAGUAAACCAGCAGAGGGAGCCAUCUCCUCAAGGCAACUCACAGGGUGUGGACUAGAGCCUGGUGCGAUGCAGAGAGGCGUACCGUUACCAAAGACAACGCAAACUGGAGCACAGCCUCUAUUGCUACGGAGUAACUGUGUGAGCCAAUUAGAAAGAGUUGAACUUGUGUUUGGCCCCUGCGAUUGGCUGGUUUGAUGGUGGACUGUGGAAGUUGCUUUUUCCCUUGUGCUACUUGGACGAGGCUUUGCUACCAUCGCUCAUGAGCUGAUGUCAUGACUCUUAACGAUGCCAUUUCCUCUUGGGUCUCCACUCCAGAUCUGAGGGCCGUGAUUCUGCUUGCGGUUUGUUUUGAGCUGCUGGCAAGGACUUGUGCUGUCGGUUUUAUGAAAAGUGCCUGUAGAAUGUGUUGCUGCCAAGCGAUCUGCCUUUGAGUCAUAAAAUUGUACUCUUUGUUUCCCUCCCCUCUCACUACUUGCUGAAUACAUGUAGCCAAUCACGCUCAUUUUAAACAAUAACAAUCUCUGUCCAAGUUCCGUUAUACCUUCUGCUGUUCUCUUUUUGGACAUGGGUCUUCAACUUCCCUUAACUCCAUGGACCCCGUCAGAAGAACAUGGAGAUUUGAACUGUAAUGUGCCAAUUUGUUUUUUCACUACCUAACAUUAUCUAGCCAAAGGAGGGAUACUCAGCAUGGGAAAAGAGGAAGGAAAGGGUUAUUUUAGGAGCAGUGUUGUGUUAGUGUCACUGCUGGACUGGUCAGUUCCACAGGGGUACUCCAAGAAGUUGGUUCAGAAGCAAACCAGGUUAAGUCAACCUGUUGUUAGUGGUAAAACCGCUAAUAAAAGAGUCCAGAGUCCUCAUUUUCUUUACUAAAUGAUAACUGAAGGCUAUCUAUUAGCAGGUUUACCACUUUCUGUAGGUUGACUCAGCCAGGCUUAUUGCUUAACCAUGUUCUCGGAAUGCACCCGGAGGAGGGAGAUGAGCAGAUCAAUAGGAAUCGAACAGGGUUCAUUGGGAAAUAGAGCUCUUGAUAAUAGAAUAAUAAAGUUUACGGGAAGAUGGUUAUUUAAUUUUUUAUAUUUAUAUUUUAAUAGUAUGUACUACUAAUUAUGUUUGUAUUGUCUUCUUGUUAUAAUACUUAACGUUUUAUAUGAAUAUUCCACUGUGCUGCUUAUGUUAAGUUGGAAUGAUUCGCUCCUAAAUGCACAGAGAUGCACUUGUGAUGGACUUAGUUCAUGUGGGACAUGAAAAUAUUUCAACUGUCAGCUGCUUGUAAACUAUUGUAAAACAAGUUUUAGGAUGUUUCUAUUCAUAAAUAAAGGUAUUUUAAAAGUUGAA